CAAAUGAAUGUAGAAAUGCCUGAGAAACUUCCGAAGACAUGGCCAGAAAAAACUCUGUUAAUAAUUAAAAGAGCGUCUUUCUGGAUGAUAUUUCUGGCGGCAUUAUGUGCCAUAGUUGCGGCAGAUGACAGUUGCCCAGCGCCAGAAGAACUGUCACCUUGCACUUGUGAUGGAGAAGGUUUGAACUGCAUGGGAGCUACGAGUUUGGCACAGAUAAAAAAAGCCUUCAGUUCAAAAUUCAAAUACGGAGGUGUUCGAUCAGUAUGGAUUCAAGGAACACCAAUAACUCGCAUUCCUGGUGACCUUUUUGGAGAAGUGAAGAGUCAACAGUUUUACAUUGAAGUAAAUAACAUUACUGAUAUUGACGUGAAUGCAUUCGUAGGUUCAAGAAAGGCAUUGCGCACACUAAGUUUCUUCGGAAAUAAGAUUGAAAACUUCAACUAUCGGGGUCUAAAGAUAUACGAAAACUUGAGCGUCUUGAAUUUGGGAAGGAACAAAAUCAAGUCCAUUCCAGAUAACGCAUUUGAAAGCAGAAGUCUGUAUGCCAUUAUCUUUGCCCAAAAUGAAAUAAGUUAUAUUGGUAAGAAUGCAUUCACUGGUUUAACAAGUUUGGGAAGGCUUGAGAUUGCUUUGAAUUCCCUGGUAACCCUUGGAGACAUGUCCUUUGCUUUCAAGACCCAUUCGGAAUCAUUGCAGAUCAACCUUUCUGCAAACAAAAUACAAGAAGUCGCCGCUUCAGCCUUCACUGGAGCAAGUCCAUAUGCUGUAUUUAUAUCCCAGAAUCAGCUAAAAUCUCUGGAUUACGCUGCUUUUGGAGGAUUGGUGACAAGAAUAGCCCAGAAAGGCGGAUUCCUUGAAGUUUCGGGUAACCCAUUAACCUGCCGUGGCUGUGAUUAUUCUUGGAUUGUUCUUAACAAAGCUCAGCUGGCUAGCAAGCUCGUGGGAUUCACAUGCCAAGAUGGAACACGUAUUGAGCGUCUGACAAAGAGUAGCAUCGGAUGCGACAACUAAAAAACUGAGUUGUAAUCAGCCAUUGCAGUGUAAAUAAAUGUUGAUGGAACUUUAAGUACUAAAAAUGGAUUUUUCAAUUCUUUAUGCAUUCAGUUUUAAAGAUAAAAGCUGAAGUUAUAGAGGU